CAUAGAAUUGUUAUCUGUGUAUGAUCCGUGAUUUUACAGUUCAUAUUUUUAAAUCUACAUUCUGUUUGAGGAUAAAAACAGCUUAUCGAAUUUCACAAUGAAACCUGAAGAAAUUAAGUGCAUACUUCGAUCAUAUUUGAAAGAAAAGGAGUAUUCUUCAGCUUAUGAUGAUAUUGAUGGCUUUUCCUAUGCACCUCCUGAGCAUAUGUCAGGAGAAGCUUUUGAUUCCAUGCAAGGCAGAGUUAAUGAUUUAAUGUAUAUGGAAUUUCAGCCUGCAAAUCUUCCUUUGGAUGAACUUAAUGCUCCCCUUGAACAUGAAUUGGAAGUGAUAGCUGUAGGAAUAGGUCGUCAGUUAAGUGAAAUGUCAGAUGAAUUUGAAUUAGAUCAUGCAGAAGCCAUUAAUAACCAGACUCCUGCAAAUGGUAUUCAGUUCAGAGAACAUAUUAUUCGUGUGCCUCCAAAUAAUGAAUUUAUUCAAAUUCCUGUCGUUCGAGAUGGAUCUUCAAAUGGUGAGGUAAAAGUAGAAUGGAGGACAUGUGAUAGAAGUGCUAAAGCUGGCCUUCAUUAUGUUAAUAGUCAAGGGAACAUUUCUUUUGCUGAAGGUGAGGAAGAAAAGACCAUUGAAAUAAAACUCAUUAAAGAUCAGGAAAAGAAAACAGACAUAUGUUUUGCAGUUGAACUCAUUGAUGACGGAAGAACUUUUAAUACUUUAAUGAUUUACAUUGAUGAUUCCAAAUUAUACCCUGAAGAACAACGAAUUAUUGAAAAUAUUUUCAGUGCUCGCCACAUUUCAUUAUCUGAGAUAGUGAGUCGUUUAAGUGAUAAAGUGACUCAUAAUACUUUUAAAGCAGCUUUGCAAUGCCUGUGUAGCAAUGCUGAAACCAUUCCUAAAGAACUUGCUCUGGCCUCUGAAUUGUUGCGACUCACUCUACCUCAUGCUCGUUUAAGCACAUUGACUAAUGUAUUCUUCGAGUUUUUCAGUGGUCUACCAGAUUUGGAGGAAGUAGCUGCUUUGUUUUAAAGAUUCUGUUGGAAAAGCAUUUUUACUAGCAAAUUUAUAUAAAUGUGAUCUAUUUUUAUCUCAUCCAUAAUUGAAAAAAUGCCAACCAGUCCAACUUUUGAGAGCUUAUGUGUUGCAAAUGUAAUGAAUCAAAUACUAUUAUUUUAGUAUACUAAUGGAAUACUAUUAUAGCUUUUAUGUAUGAAUGUAAGGUUAUUUUUUUUAUUAUUUUAAGAUAUUUGUUUGUGGUUGAUUGUUAUUUCAAUGUUUAGUAAUUGAAUUUUUUAAUUUGUUGAAAUUUCUUCAUUCACUUUCAGAUAAAAACUCAUCUUAUAGAAUUUGUUAAAGAAAGAAAUGCAUCAUUAAUUUCAAUUUCCUUCAUCCAGUAUUAUUCUAGAUUAGAUAAAAAGCAUGCCAAAGAAAUAUCAAAUAUCUUAUCUUAUUAGUUUUGUAAUUUCCUUUUGGGAUAAAAAUUAUCUCAUGUGUAAUAAGAUUUUAAAUAUUCCUGCCUAAGAAUACAAGAUCAAUAAUGAAGAUAUAUCUGAGAUUCAAUUUUUCAAAUUAAUGGUAACAAUCAUAGGUUAUAUUAAUUUUUUAAAUAUUUGACAUGUUACUUUUAAUAUUCUAUGAUAGAUUUUUUUAUUCUUUUAAUAUUAUUAUCUUCAAUUGAUUUUUUAUUGAUAGAUUUUUAGAUAUUUUAAGCCAUUUUCAUAUAAAAAUUUCUGCUUUUUUAAAAUGUUACUUAUAUGAUUGUCUUAAAUAAUAUAUGUAUGAUGUUUUAGGUGCUUAACUCUUUUGUAUAUCAAAAUUAUUUUUAUAAAUUAAAAAAAAAAAGAAAAAUUGCUUUAACAUUUUAAAACUUUUUUACUAGUACGUUAAAUGUCUCUUAUAUACUGGCUUGUAUGCGUCUUCAAGCUUUUUGUAUAGUUACACUGACAAUAAUCAAUAAAUAAAUAACUGAGGAAAGUGUGAGAAUAAUAUGCAAAAGUUCUUCCUUUGCACUUCUAUUAUAAUUAUUUAAAUGCAAUCAAUUAUUCUACUUAAAUUUUUUUAAGGUUGGGUCCCCUCCUCUUCCUUAUAUAUUCAUGAAUAUUAGAUGAAUUUUAUAACCAACCUUUAAGGCAUCAUUUGCAUAUUAAAAUUAUGCAUUGCUGUGAUAUUAAACUUUUGAAUACUUUGUAUGAAGAAAUAUUACUGCCAAUCUGAAAUAUUUUUAAUGCAAAAUUAUUUUUUAAUCAAUCUUUUCUCCAAUUAAAGAACUGCCUCUAAUUUGCAGGAGUUAAUCUAAAUCAAUUUUAAGAUUAAAGCUUCUUCAAAAAAAAAAAAAAAUCAGAGUUACGUUUGUUGAAGAUAUAAAAGUUCUUAUGAGUGAAAAAAGAAAGUGUAACUUCAAUCUGCUAAAUGGAAUUUAAUUUUACGUACAUUACUUUUUGUGUAAUUUCUGCUUCACUUCAUUUCAUUGUGUUUCAUGUUUAGAAUCUGAAAGGUAGUAUAUGUAUAGAAUGUAUAGAUGAUUUCUGUAUAUGUAUAGAAAACUUGAAAAAGGCCUUUUGCCAUUAGAAUGAUAUUCAAGGUUUGCCUCUAUGCAAAUUGAAUUUUUAAUGCCUUAGGAUAUUGUAAAUUCAUUAAUAUACUGAUUGUAUUUUAAAUUUGUUGACAAAUCUGUCAGUUAUAAAGAUUAGUAAAAGUAUUUUUGGAUUAAGAAAGCUUGUUUAGCAAAUGAAAUCAUCAAGUAUUAAUGAAGCUGAUAAAUAUGUGCACAAAGGAUAUCAGCAAGUUCUUGGACUAAGUCUUUUGAUAAAAUGGAAUUUUAAUUACCUUUGAUCAUUGUCUUCUGUACUGUUGUGGUAUAUUUUGCAUUGUCUUGCUUUCCUUUCCUUGUUGAAACUUGACCUGAAAGUGGUUUUGAUAAGCCAAUUUGUUCAUAAUCUUUUAUUGUUUGCACUUAAUUUUUGCAGCAGGUUUUUUUUUUUUUUUUUUUUUUUUUUUUGAUUCAGCUUUGUAAUAGGAUAAAGAGAGAAAUCCUUACAAGCUAAAACUGAAAUGAGAAGGGCAGGUAAGAUUAAAAUAACAUGAAAUGGUUGAUGAAAAAAAUUUCCAAAUGUUCACUGACUGUAUAUUUAGUCAUGUUAGAGUAUCUAAGUCUAUAAAUGUCACAAAUUCAGUCGUUGAACCAAAUGUUGCUCUACAAAAGCCACAGAACUUUGCAACCAAAUUAUUUGUUGAUUGUUUAAACUAAGAAACAAAUUCACUUUGUGUUUUUCAUCAUCUAAGCAUUUUUCAACAAGCAGGAUUUCUUGAUUUUAUCCCUUGAAAACAUAGCUCAUUGUUUCAUCACCAUAAGAUUACGAAAACAUAUUCAGUGCCUCUCUGGUUUAGCUGUUUCUACUUAGUGAAAUAUUUAAUAUUGUCCUCCCCCCCCCCCUUUCUCUCUCAGAUGUAUCCUAAUACAUUUCUGUUGCAUCACUAAAAUACAAAUAAGCAAUGCUCUGAUGUCACUUUUUAUAGCCUGUUUUUUCAAAAUUAUUCUGUACAACCAUUUACUGGUGUUUUAAAAGAGCUAGUCUUUAAGCUUUGUCAUACUUCUAAUUUUAAAUGCAAAUUUGAGAUUAAAAAGGAGCAUUUUUAUUCCUUAAUAUAUGAUUGCAUUGGCAUUUUUACUUCACUUCAAUCACUUUAUAUGUUAAUAAAAUAUUUUAUAACUAUGUAUAGGAAAAAGUUUAAUUGAAACUAUUGGGUGAUCAAUUCUUUCUCUUACUUUCAAUAAAAAUAUUUACAAUUGAUAUCAUAGUGGUAAAAUCAAAACUGUAAGCAAUUUCCUUUGAUGCGUCUUUUCUUUUUGUGGUUUAAUGAUUGUACAUUAAAUAGAAUUUCAGUACUUUGACUUCCUAUUGCUUAUUAUGAUAUGUGAUGUUAUUGCUUUGUAAUUCUUAUUAUAUGUUAUGUUUUCUCAUCUGCAUUUGUUAUGUUUGUUUAAACUUGUGAUAUACUAUUGUUUUCACGUGUUAAGUGACAGAAGCACAAUUUCAAUGGCUUGUGCCAAAUGUUACAAAAUAAACUUUUUUUAGUUAUUAGCUGUAACUGAAUCAAAAUUUGGAUACUCAAUAAAAGUAUUUUUAUAAUUUUAUACUGUCAGAUUUCCCAUAGUUAAUUCUUAUUAAAAUCAUUUUACAUGGUUUUACAUUUUUAUCUUGUGUUUGGCACAGCAUAGUCGACACUGGCUUUUGUGCCACAAAACUGUAAAUUCCAAUUCCAUAAUUAAUUGUCAUUUGUACAAAAGGAGUAUAAAGGGUAUUUGGUGCAAAUUAAAUAAUAUAGGUCUAUAGGUUGAUCUUAUAGCUA